GACAUCUACUGGGCAAGAGUGGAUAUUGACUCCAGUGGUUGGCUCGAAGCUGAACACUUUUGGACUCUCCUUGGGUUCGCAACCUCAGAUCUUAUGAUAUGGUAACUGAUUGUAUGCAUUGCACUCUGUACUAUGACAGAUCAGCGGAUGAGAUGUAUAGUGAGGCAUUUCAGGAAAUUGAAAACAACAUAUGGAAAUUGAACAUAGGUGAUUUGGUUGCAGGCAAACCAGGUGUCGCCUUUUCAGUGUUCCUGACUCCUGAAAAACUCAAAUGGUACAGGAUGGCGGAUCCCCCGGAUCCUUCUUUGCCUCCUUGUCACCCACAUGUCUUAUUUAUGGUCUCGCCUCAGCACAUAGUGAAGGAUCUCGGUCCGUUUGUCCUGCCAUGAACACUGGCUACUGAUUGGCAAAAUUCAUUUCACUCUCAAUUGCUCUAUUCCCCGUCACUUGAUGCUUGUCAAGUCAACUUACAGGAGGAGCACCUGUCCCUCUCCAGACCUGCAGGGGGCAGAGAAACCCCAAUCGCACAACUCUUCAAACUUCCUGUCAGAGGCUAGGGGUGGCCAUAUUGGUCACAGGCAGCAUGUGAGCUUGUGUGGAACAAAGAAAGCCUACCAGCAAAAGGAAUAAAUCACUAACAAACAACUGAAGCAACCAAGAAGCAACUAAAAAAACCCGAAGGCACCCCUCAGUUUCCAGUCAGACGCAACUGGUAGGGAAAAGACUUGGAUGCUAAUUGGUUAAUUUGUUUAAUUUCAGCGACAAGGUUUUCAAUCUAAUCAACCUCUAAUCACCCUCUAACCACCUUCAACAUCAAUAAAGUGUGAAAAGAGAGAUUUGAGUUGUUCAUGUGUUUGAAGACCAAGGCCCUUUUCAAGUUGGGGCAAAUAACUGAGGCAGUUAAAGACAACUUGACAGUUGAAAACCAGUGUGGCAGCAAAGACAAAGGAUUAACGGCCUCAAGUCUACACAGUCAACGCAUAUGGCGGAAGAAGCCACAGGUAAAGCAAUCAAGCUGCUGAAGCAAGAGAGGACCUCAGCAAAGAGUGCUUUCACCAAGCAGGCCAACUACCUAUGCACAGCUGUUGGACACCUGGAAAAGUCAGAGUUGCAAAAGGAAUUCAGAAUACUCUCUUUACUUGCAUGGAAUGUAAAUGACACCAAUGACAGCUAUGAACUCGGCAUACUAGCUGAACUGGGAGGUGAUGAGGAAGAUGAAGAAAUGACAUUGGAUAAGCAGCAACAGGUGGACCUGGCGAAGACCAUAGCGGACUGCAACACCAGGCUGGUCAAAGUGAAGCAGACAGUGCAGUCCAACCUCUGGUCCAGGUAUUGGGAAAGUGAGCUGACGUUCACAAUUGAAGAGGGAGAAUCAGCUUGUGAAGGGGCCCAUGCAAUUCCUGUGUCUGUGGUGAACAAAGAUGCCUAUGAACAUCAAGUAGAUGGUGCAGAGAAACUCAUCAAUGAUGUGAUGGCAAGCUUCGCGGAAUGGGAAGAAUGGAUCCCGGGAGCAGAAAAAACCCUUCUGGAUGGCAGAGUGAAAGGCUUAAGAAAACUGAAGAACAGCCUCGAAACCAAAAAGGCAGAAUUCCUAGUGGUUCAAAGAACUGCAGAGGAGGAAAUUAGAGGAAGAGCUCUUCAGGUACAGCCUGGAGCCCAGCAGCCUGUUCUUAAAAUUAAACCCACCAUCCUACCCAGAUUCUAUGGCUCAAAGUCAAGACUUCCAUCAAUGGAAAAGGGACUGGGAGAGUCUUCAGAGACAAGGUGAGCCAACUGGCUCAGCAGAAGCCAAAAAGAUCCGGCUUCUCAACAGUGUUUAUGAGAAGAUCCGCAGAGACCUAAGACUGUCCACCAACAAGACCGCAGAGGACAUGUUCAAGGUGCUGGAAAGCAGAUUUGGAAACAAAACAACCAUAGCCCUGGAGAUCAUUGAGGACCUGAAGAAAAUCCCCCCUCUGAAGUCAUACCAGCCCAGGAAAAUGAUUGAAAUGAUCCAAUCGGUUGAAAAGGCCUCACAGAGCUCGGCAAUACUGGAGCCAUCAAGAAUCUGCUUGUAACCAAAUCAAUAGAGAGCAAACUGCUUGAUACAAUGAAGAGGGACUUCCUCGUCUUUAUGGUCAAUCCGGCAAAUGCAGUCACACCAGACAACCACUUCGAUAGCCUCCUAAACUACCUGAAAACUCAAGAAGAGGUCUUGGAGAGGCUUGAGCAGCUUGGAGUAUGUGAGAAGCCAGACAAAAAGUCAGCUGACUCCAAGAAAUACGCCCAAACCAGGUCUACAAGAAAAGGGGGAUGUGUCGUCUGUGGAGUUGAGCGGCACAAAGAAAAACUUUUCUUCUGCAAAAAGUUGAAAGAACUGAAGCCAAAAGACAAGUUGAGUGCUGUGGAAAGACUGGGAGCCUGCACAAGGUGCCUAGAGUGUCAUGGAGAAGAGAGUGAAUUCAAAGACACUUACCUGUGUAGGAAGCAGAACUGCAGAGAGACCAUCACUUCUUCCUGUGCUGGAACGGAGACCUUAAAAAUGCUGAGACAGACAACAUCAAGGCCAAACCUGAGGAGGCACAAACUGACAGAAGAACAACAGCAAUUUGUGUCUGAACUGUCCCCUGACAUGGCAGAAAAAUUCAAGAGAGCCUUUAUCAAGAUCACUCUGCACAGACAAGCCUGCAGGGAUGGAGCAGAGUGCAUGUAAAGAACUCCCAGUGAUCCUUAUGCUCCUUGAAGUUACAGCCAAUGCAGGUCAUAAGAUUGGGACACUGACUUAGCAUCUGACACAAAUUACAUUACUCACAGCGCUGGCAGGAGACUCAACCUCAGAAGUGAAAAAAUCUCUUUAGUUGUCCACGGCAUUGGAGGAAUUGCCCUGAAAGUAAAGACAAAAAGAUAUCACCUCAGAGUGAGGGUCAAGACACCCGCAGGAACCGAAAGAGCCAUUGAACAUUCAAUCAGUUAUGGUGCUUAUUUAUUUAUUUACAGUUAUGGCUUGGAGGAAAUAGCCACAGUACAGAGAACAGUCAAACCUAAAGAACUGAAGAGGUUCUUUCCAGAUGCCAGUUCAGAGGACCUGCACAGACCAGAGCAAAUCGAACUGCUCAUCAGUCAUCGGGAAGGACGGCUUGUACUGCAGAGGGUGAUGGUGAUUGGAGACCUCGUCUUAUGGGACGGCCCACUGGGGAAGACCGUUGGUGGAACGCACACAGACCUCUUUGAGAAAGUGAGUUUGGCACCUCACACAUCCAAAACCCACUUUUCACGGUCCAUGAGAGCCACAGGUGUGAAAUAUCAAGAACUCAGUGUUAUAGGGGGAUUCAAAGCUGAAACCAAAAGUAUGGUUGCAGAUAAAGAAUUUCACAACUGGUGGAAAUGGGACAGUAUUGGAGCAGCUUGCAGACCAAAGUGUGGAGGAUGCAGAUGUGGCAACUGCCAGCCAGGAGGCAAGGAGAUGAUACUGAGCAAGGGAGGAGAGCUGGUAAUCAUCAAGAAAGACUUGGGUUAUAAAAGGCCGAAGACUGGCUCAGAAGAUUGUAAAUGGCUGUGUGACAUGCAGCAAAGCCAAUGCCAACAAAUCAUGAGUGACCUCCCAUCUGAGCAGAUAACACCAGCCAAACCAUUUCAAUACACAUCAGUGGAUUUGUUUGGCCCUUACGAAGUGAAGGAUGAGGUGAAGAAGAAAGCAAGGCUCAAGGUAUGGGGGCGAGUCUUCUGCCGCAUGGCAUCCCGAGCUCUACACUCAGAUGUCGUAAGUGACCAGUCGUCUGAGGGUUUCCUGUUGGCCUACAAGAGAUUCACAGUAUUGAGGGGACAUCCAAAGAAAAUGUGGUCAGACGCAGGAAAAAACUUUGUGGGUGCCAGACGCGCCCUCAAAGAACUGUAUGCUUUUCUGAAGAAGCUGGAAACAUCCAAAGUUGAGAAUGAAGCCUCCAAGCAUGGAACAGAAUGGAGCUGGAAACUUCACCCUGCUGAUUCCCCUCACAGGAAUGGAGCUGCAGAGGCUGCUGUACGCAGAGUGAAACGUGCUCUGCACAACCUCUAUGACGCAUCAUUGUUCUAAUCCCUGGAGAAGAACAAAAGUACCAAAAAAGGAAAAGACAAUGAGCAUCCAGGACUCAUGUGAUCUCUCUGGGUUCAAGAACCAAGAUAUCAAGUGGGAGGUGUCAAAUCAACAAACAGGAAGAGCACCUGUCCCCUCCAGACCUGCAGGGGGCAGAGAAACCUCAAUUACACUACUCUUAAAACUUCCUGUCAGAGUCCAGGGGCGGCCAUAUUGCUCACAGGCAGCAUGUGAGCUUGUGUGGAACAAAGAAAGCCUACCAGCAAAAGGAAUAAAUCACUAACAAACAAAUGAAGCAACCAAGAAGCAACUAAAAAACCCGAACGCACCCCUCAAUUUCCAGUCAGACGCAACUGGUAGGGAAAGGACUUGGAGGCUAAUUGGUUAAUUUGUUUAAUUUCAGCGACAAGGUAUGUUGUUUGUGUUUGUCUAACUUCUGAAUUAAUCCAAAGUAUUAAUGGAAACAAAGUGGAUGCUUUUGUUUGGUUUAUUCAAUCAGUUAUGGUGCCUAUUUAUUUUUUACUUUACUUUUGAAUACGUAAAUGUAUGUCAUUAAUAUACUUAGAAUGUGAUUCUUAAGGUUAAAGUAAUGCUUUGAUGACUUAUUUAUUUAAACAAAAAAUAAUGCAAUGUGUUCAAUGUGCUUCUUUGUUCAAGGUUUUCAAUCUAAUCACCCUCCAACCACCCUCUAACCACCUUAACCAUCAAUAAACUGUGAAAAGAGGAAGAUUUCAGUUGUUCAUUUGUUUGAAGACCAAGGCCCUUUUCAAGUUGGGGGAAAGAACUGAGGGAGUUAAAGACAACUUGACAGUUGAAAACCAGUGUGGCAUUGGAUUCAGUCUAACACAUUUUUACCCACUUCUGUUUUAGAGCACCAGCUUCUGGAUAGGCACCAUGGACAUGAAACAACUGACAGCGAUUUUGCUGGUCAACUUCUUGAUUCCCUUCCCACAUCGCUGUGGUCCAUGAAUCCCACUGAUGUUGGUCUCUGCAACGUAUCCCCUGUUGUGUUUCAGAUGAAACCAGGACAAAUAUAUGUUCCCCAAUACUCUGUAAAAGAGGCUGGGAUGAUUGGCAUUUCAGAAACAAUUGACGGCUUGCUCAAAGCAGGAGUGUUGUGUAAAAUUCCUGGCUCUGAUUUUAACACCCCCAUCUUGCCUGUUGAAAAGAAGAACACUGGAAAGUUUCUCAUGGUCCAUGACCUGCGAGCAAUUAACGCCCCCGUGUUAACCCUCAAUUUGUCCGUCCCCAAACCCGCACUCUGCAUUGUCCCAAAUUACAUCAGCCCACACUCAUUUCACUUGCAUUGACUUGGCUAAUGCUUUCUUUUGCUUCACCCUUCAAUGAAGCAAUUUUUUUGCUUUCACUUGGAAUGGUGUUUGCUACUCCUACAAUCACCUGCCUCAAGGCUUUGUUCUUUAACCUGGACUCUUCAAUGACUGUCUUUGUCAGUCUGCUUGAAUUGCCUCAUGGGGUUCUCCUGGUGCAGUAUGUGGAUGUCCUCUUGCUGGCGGCUCCAUCUGAAACUUCUUGUCUCGAAGCCACGACGUCUUUGCUUUCUCAUUUGGCCUUUGUUGGACAGAAGUGUUCUAAGUCCAAAGUCCAGAUUGCCCGACCACAGGUUUCCUUUCUCGGAUGUCUGAUCUCAUGCCAUGGCACAGGAAUGUCUCCUUAUCACAAAGACAAUAUCCUCCAUCACCCAAAACCAACAAAUGUCAAAUCCAUGCUUGCCUUUCUCGGUCUUUGCAAGUACUCCAGGCAUCAUGUUCCAAACUUUGCUGAACUCACUCACCCACUCCGAUGGAUGCGCAAUGAACAAGGUAAGCGCAAUCUUUCUAACACUCUUUGUUUGACCACGGAAGCUUGCUUCAUCUCCUUGAAACAACAUCUUUCCACUGCUGCAGCUCUUGCAAUUCCUGAUUAGAGUCACAUGUUCUAGCUCGACGUGUCUGAAAAGAUCGGCAGUAUUUCUGCUGCUCUUGAUCAGAUGGGGGAAGGAGGAAGUUGACAAGUUUGUCUAUAUGCAUCAAUCCAUUGGAAAAAUACGAGCAAAGACACUCAAUUUAUACUUUUCACAUCUGUUCAAGCCAGAGUAAUUCAGAAGACAUCUCACAUUGUUCUUCAUCAUCCGCUGACUGUGCGAACAUCACACAGUAAAGUCCAGUAUGUCACGAGUCAAGCUUUCACCAUGAACGGAGGAAGACAAAGGAAAAUUUAGGUAAUUUUCAGAGAACCACAUAUUCUCUUUACUCAUGAAGCAGUAAACAUGGCUGAAGAUCUGAUCUGAAGGAGAACCGCAUUGUUGUGUACAAAAAACUCCGGAAGAAAACUGUCUGCACUGAACUUUAUGAGACACGUCUUGACAACUCGGACUCGAUUCUUUUCACAGACGGAUUUGCAGUCAGCCAACCCACAGAAACAAGUUUUGAAAAACUUCAAGCAGAAAGAAUUCCAGGCUCCCAGUCAGCACAAAGAGCAGAAAUUUUGGCAUAACAGCAGCACUCAAGUUGGCAAAAAAAAAUCAGUUAACAUUUACACAGAUUCAGUGUAUGCACACAUGACAGUUCUUGUUGCAUUAAAAGAAUGGCAGCAAAAUGAUUUCCACACUGCAACCGCUACACCCAUUAAACAUCAGGACGACAUUCUCAAAUUACGAGAUGGUUUAAUGUUCCCGACAGCGGUGGCAGUCCUUAAAUCCAAAGGUCACUCUCGAACUAAUGAUUUUGUAUCAGUAGGAAACGAAUCAGCAGAUCGAGCAGCAAAAAAGGUUGCGGGGUACCAACCAACACUACAACUAACUGUAAGUGAGUCUGAAUGUCACAAUCAACAGGAGGUGACAGUAGAAACACGAAAGUCGAAAUUGGGUGUCAAAGUUGAUGAUGGCAUAUGGCGAAAAGAGGGUAAAUGCAUUCCAUCUCAGACUCAAUUGACAAAUCUAAUUUCUGAAGCCCAUGGAACAUGCCAUGUAGGUGUGGAUGAAAGACUGAGACGACUCCAUGACUGGUGGCAUCCUUUCAUGAGACAAAUUGUUAAAGGUGAACUGCAGAAUUCCAGCAUUUGCAGUAGGUAUAACAGUAUACCUACAACGAAACCACCACAGGAAAUCCUUGAUCUGGACGUCGACACCCCUGUUCAGGUAAUCUCAAUAGGAUUUCACCGACAUGAUUAAAACAGUGUCAGGUUACCGGUAUUUCCUAGUCAUAGUAGAUUAGUUUUCACGAUGGCCAGAGUCAUAUCCCAGCAAACCUGAAACAGCACGCAUAGUGUUUUAAACAUUUGGUUAAUCACUAUAUUCACAACCAGACGGUCCCCUCGAAAUGAAUACUUGUGAAUGUGUAGUUAAAAGUAAUUAAACAUAAAUGGUCUGAACUUGGGUGUACAGGUCCUGUGUUUGAUGGAUUCCAAACUGAUAGUUAUACUGUUUGCCAGACGGAAUAAUAAAGUCUCUUAAUUUUGAACUCAGAUUGUGUCUUGAGAAACCACGAGGCUACCCUGACUGAUGGCCACAUCAUACUUGAAAUAUGCGCCUGACAGAUGCCGUGGCAGGUAACAGGACGGGAGGAACCAUGAUGGACAGUUAAUAAGAGGCACAUAGUUAAAUUUCACAUAGUUGAAUAUCAUAUUUUAAUUUGUUUGUAACAUAAUUUAAGAAAAAAAGUUCUUAGUUCUAAAGGUUAAACUGUGCUGAACAACCUAAUUGUUUGUAAAUGUCUGUAGUUUGAUUGCAAAACAGUCUGGUUUCACACUGGAUAAUAAAGGAUUCAAUAUAUGUUUUAAUGGCUCAAUUUCCAUGUUGCAUGGCAACGUUGUUUCGAUGUUCUUCGGGAACGUUGAUUGUAUGUGGGAUUGUCACAUUAAUGCACUAUACGAAUGCAAUGUUGUUUCAGUUCUUUAGAACAGUUUUGUUGAACUUUCGUCAGAACACAGUUCGACAGAACCUGGGUCCUAAGGGUCUAGAGCAUUUUUUUAGAAUUUUUUUAGGAAAGUUCUAUAGAACUUAAUUUCUAAAGUUCUACAGCAUUUCUAUAGAAUAUUUUUACGACCUUGGGUCCUAAAGUUCUAUUUAUUUGUAUAGAAUGUUUUUAUAGAAAAUCUUUGGCAAUGUUCUGUACAAAAUUUUUAGCAGGGAAGACUCAUGGUGGGGGACUUUGUUUACAUCACCGGUGCCGCGACGCUGCUGUGGUUUGUAAACAGUGUUCACCGCUGCCGGAGUUGAUGAUCCUCAAGAGCCGGCCUUUUAACUACCUAGGGAAUUUACUGCUGUUCUGCUGGCAGCCAUUCACAUCCUUCCCAGCUCAACCAACAACAGGGGUGAGGAACUGUAUGAACUCCACCGGGUCAUCAGUGAGCAGUAGAAAUCAUACGCUGAUGCCUUCCUCAUCCUGGCUGGGGUUUUUAUUCCCAAUACCAUGCUAAUGCUUACAUACAGAGUGCUGGUUAAAACGACCAAUCCAACCAAGAAGAAGAUCUGGGUGUGACUAGAUGGGUCAUCUGAGGCUCUCAAGGACGGCUUUGUGACCACAAACUGGAGCAUUUUCAAACUGGCAGCCACCCACAACAUCGCAUACCUCCGCGACUACAGAGAGACCGUCACUGCUUGGCUUGAGGAACUGCGUGGAUGAUGUCAUGGUUUCCAGAACUAUCUCCAUCAGGGCCAAUCAAAAGCCAUGGUUUAUAAUGGAAGUCCACAGGCUACUAAAGGCCUGGAAUGCUGCCUUCAGAACAAGGGAGAAGGUGAGCCUCGGGACAGCUUGGGGCAACCUGUCACGUGGCACCAGAGAAGCUGAGAGGCAGUUCUCCAGGAGGAUUGACGACCUCUUUAGUGACAGCAGAGUUACCAAGAACCUGUGACAUGGUAUCCAGACAAUCAAGGACUACAAGCAACCUCCACUCCCCCUCAGACCUGCGACAACUCCUCUUUUCUGCUGGAUCAGUUCAUUGACUUCAUUGCUCACUUUGAGGGAGACAGCACCACCCCAGCACAGAAGAUCCCUCUGCCUCCCAAUGACCGGGUGCUGCUGCUGUCUCUGGUCAGUGUGCAGAGAGCACUCAGAAGGACUCAUAUAAGAAAGGCCUCCGGAUUAGACAACAUUCCUGGCAGCGUUUUAAGAGAUUGUGCAGAUGAGCUCACAGGUACCCUCACAGACAUUUUCAGCACCUCACUGAGUUGAGCCGUUGUUCUGAUCUACAUCAAAGCCACCACUAUCAUCACAGUCCACAUGAAGCCAAUUCCUUCCUGCUGUAAUUAAUACCACGCGGUUGUACUCACUCCCAUCAUUAUGGAAUCCUUCAAGCGGCUAGCCAUGGAGCACAUCAAAUCCUCCCACCCCUCGAUGGUGGACCCCUACCAGUUUGCAUAUCAGUCCAACCCCUUGACAGAUGUUAUCUCCAUUCCCUUCUACUCAGCCCUCACCAUCCUGGAGACCAAUGACUCACAUGUCAGAAUGCUGUUCAUUCACUUCAGCUGAGGAUUCAACACCAUCAUCCCCGGGCAGCUCAUCCUCAAACUAGACCGGCUGGGACUCAACACCUCCCUGUGCAAUUGACUGUUGCACUUCCUGACGGGAAGACCCGAGACAGUCCGUGUUGCCAGCAACACCUCCAACACCAUCACGGUGAACACAGGGGCCCCAAUGGAUGUGUGCUGAGCCCCCUCCGCUUCACUCUGCUAACCCACGACUACACACCCACACCCAACUUUAUGAAGAGUUUGGAGUUGACAUGGCUGUGGAUGGUCUUGUUAACAACAACCAUGAGACAAGCUACAGGAGUGAGAUGAGCUGCCUGCUGAUGCUGUACAAGGAAAACAAUUUCCACCUGAAAAUUGAGAAGACUAAGGAGAUCAUAGUGGACUUCAGAAGAGUGCACACCCAGCAUUCCCUGCUAACCAUCAACGGUGCUGAAGUAGAGCGGCAAGCAGCACCAAAUUCCUGCGUGUGCACAUUUCCAAAAACCUGUACUGGACCACCAACACCAUGGAACUGGCUAAAAAUUUCAUCAGUGGCUCGACUUCCUGCGGAAACUGAUAAGCGGAAGAGCCCCAUCACCCAUCAUGACCUCCUUUUACAGAGGGGCAAUCAAGACCAUCCUGUGCACUAAACACCUAAAAAAAAAGAAGAAAAUCAUCCUGGACUUCUGGAUGUGAAGAGGGUCCACUUCUUCAGAUUUCUGGAAAUUUAGAUCACAGAUAAACUCACCUAGACUGUAAAUACCACGGCGGUGCUGAAAAUUGCCCAGCAGUGAUUCCACUUCCUGAGAGUGCUGAGGAAGAACAAUCUAUAAACCAAUCUGCUGCUGGCUUUCUAUGGAACCACCGUGGAGAGCAUCACGACAUCCUGCAUCACAGUGUGGUAUGCUGGAUGUACAGCAGCAGACAGGAAAGCUGUGCAAAGAGUGAUCAACAGCGUCCAGAAGAUCACUAACUGCUCUCUGCUCGCCCAAGAGGACAUUGCCAGUUCUUGCUAUCACAGCAGAGUUACUCUUUCAGGGCUGUUCCCAUCCUGGUCAUCACCUGUUUAACCUGCUGCCUUCGGGCAGGUAUUGCAGGUCCCACAAAAAAACGGACAAACAGACUCAAGACAGCUUUUUCCCUCGAGCUAUCAACACCUCGACCAUAAGACCACGAAACCAAACAGUACUGUAAUCAAAAAUUAUGAAAAUGAACUUUCUCCUUUGCUUUUCUAGUUGUCUGAGCAACAGUUAAGUACCAAUAGAUAAUAGUCAUACCAAUGCCUGGACAUGGAGAAUAAGACGAAAAAAUACACUGUAUUUAUCGAUUUAUUAGUUUAUUUUUAAGUUUGGGGUUUUUUUUUAGCAAUAACUGUGCCUUGAUUGUAAAUAUUUUUUUAUCUGAGUUGCUUUACUUCAUGUUAAAGAUGUUCUAUUUUAUUUUAUUCGAGCAAACACCAUGUGGAU